AUGCAAUGUACAUGGCCCGAGCAAAGAAAAAGAGGCCCAGCGAAAGGCUACAUCGAGGGCUUAGAACACCGUCUCCACGAAGCCGAGUCACUCCUCCUCGCUCUCCUCCCCCUUGUGACCCCCGAACAACUGAACCUGGCCACUGAAUCCCUCAACGCCGACGCACAAAAGACAAACAUGAUGGGCCUAAAGUCGCGAGACUCUGAAUCCCCGACACCUCGUACAAUGCGAACGAGUCCACCAAUCUUAAACAAGAAGACCGGAAUAGAUUACUGGGAUUCGUUUCCCCUAGAUACAGCCGAGAACAUUCGAAAAUGGCAACAAGAUUGCGCCAUGCACUCUAAUCAACCACUAUCCUCAAUUCAUCAGUCGAUGUUCAGCAGCUCCGGUGACGAUCUACACUCUCACUCUCAACAGCGGCGCUCAUCGACCGUUCGACAUGCCCUGAACAGGGCCUCAGGAAGCCAAUCGAGAGCCGGGUCCGUCGGCCCCAAUCGACAAAGCCAUAGUCAGGCCCAGGCGCAUUCACAUUCACUUUCCCACUCUGCUACCGGCUCUACUUCUGCUCCGUACCGGUCCAUGAGCUCCGACUCAUCAUACCGCAGUGGAACAACUACUCCUGUCAACGUACCGCAACAACGCUCAAAUUCACACUCACAUACACAUUCUCAACAAUCGAUCCCCAUGACCACGGCCACAACCACAACCACGGCCAACGAAUCAUCGUCAUCCAUGCAACAACAUAGCCAACGACACUCGCACACACACUCCAAGUCACUACAACAGCCCCAGCCGAGCUGGCAGUCUUUAUCCCUAUUUUCUCCUCUACCUUCGACCAGCAACAACCCCAACAACACUACAAAUCACACCGCGAAUAAUGGUAUCUCGGACUCCGACAUGGGAAUUGGUGUGAAUAUGGGUGUCGGCAUCAGUGCCGAAGCCCUUCUUCUCCAGAACUUUGCCGACUCCACCUCUUGGGCGCAGCAGCAGCAGCAGCAGCAGUCUCAAUCACAAAGCACCUCCAUGCCCGGGCUGGUGACGGGACCAGGAUUGUCUCCGAGCACGGGUGUGGGCCGCGCAACCGCAACGGCGACAUCGACAACAACGGCCGUUGACAGUGGUCCUAUGGAGAUCGAUACGGGAUUCUUUGCGAAUGAUUUCCAGCGACGACUAUUUUGGUGA